AUGGUGCAGCUUGCUCAGGUCAAGGACCACAACCGCCGCUUCGCCAACGAGCAACAUGGGGGAAACGUGUGUGUAUUCGUGGGCGCCACUAGAGGAAUCGGCGCAGGCACUCUCACGAGAAUGGCGACCAUGAUACAUAAGUCGACAUUUUACAUCUUGGGACGUUCGGCUAAGCGAGCAGAAGAACAACUCGAGACAUUGAGAGCUUCCAAUCCAAGCAACAAGUUCAUAUUCAUCGAAGUAGAUGUUACCUUGCUCUCCGGAGUCGACGCCGCAUGCGAGCAGAUCGCCGAAGCUGAGCGGAAGAUAGAUUAUCUGUGUAUGAGCGCAGGUCUGGUUCCCUUGAACGGAGCUGAAUAUACAAAGGAAGGCCUCGAAAUCGCCUUCGCCCUAUCAUUCUACUCCAGGAUGAGAAUGAUAUCGAACUUGCUGCCGCUCCUUCAUCGGUCGCCUCGUCCUCGCAUUCUGAGUGUUCUCAAUGCUGGCAGGGAAAAGAAGAUUGACACCAAAGACCUUGGUCUUGAGCGGAAAUGGGCGGUUCGAGCAAUGGUCAACCACACGACAACCAUGACGACCCUCGCCUUUGAUCAUCUGGCGCCAGUGAACGAGGACAUCGCCUUCCUGCACGCUUUUCCUGGACUGGUACAAACCGAAAUCUUCUCCCAGUUGACCGCGCCAGAGUCAUCUGGAAUCGCGUGGAGAAUUGGUUUGGCUGCGGUCCGCGUUCUUACGGCUAUUGGCAUGAGACUCGUUGGAAUAAGUCCCCAAGACAGUGGUGAGAGACAUGCUUUCCAUCUGACCAGCGAUACCUUUGGGCCGGGCGCUCACCGUAUCGACGAGACAAGCAAGGAAGUCGUUGCGCCUGGGGUGCUUGAAGAAUAUCGGAAAGGAGGCUGGCCAGAGAAGGUCUGGGAAUACACUCUGGAGGUGUUUGACAAGGUGACGACAGACAAAUAG